ACCUUCAGCCCCUGUGUCCCAGGGUGUGCCCUGUGUGACACAGGUGAGCCACAGCUCUUCCUUGGGAUCUUCACAGCAACAGCAGCUUUUCCCUUGCAGAUGCUUCUGACCCAUCCAGCACAGAGGAGCUGGAAAUGAGGUGCCUUCAGCUGCAGAGCCAGGUCUGGGAGAUGGAGCGGUUCCUGAAUGACUAUGGUCUGGUUUGGGUUGGAGAGGCUCGGGACCAGCUGGGGGACACGGGAUCGGUCGAGGAUGAAGAGGAGCUGCGGGCUGGGAGCCUCUGCAGGCCGGGCGAGGCCGCUGGUGGCGAGCAGCAGAUUGAUUUCGAUUUAAUCCUGGAGAGCAUUAAGGAUUUGAACUCGCUGGUGGGAGAGGGCAUCUCUCAGGUGGAGCACACGGCCCGGGGGGCUCGGCUGAGGCGGGCAGAGCCCCUCGCUGUGACCCUGUACCAAAACGGGAUCACCGUGGGACACGGAGCCUUCCGGCCCUACCAGCACCCAGCCACGCAGCAAUGCCUGCGGGACAUCAUGGAUGGGUAUUUCCCCUCCGAGCUGCAGCCGCGCUACCCCGACGGGGUCCCCUUGCAGGUCACCGACAGGAGGCACGUGGUGUUUCAGAAGCCAGACCUUGCAGGGAGCUUUCCCGGCCUCGGCCAGGUGGUGGGUACUUCAGAAUCCACCAAGGUGCAGGAAACCUCCAAGACCCCAGGUCCCCAAGGCUCCUCGGAGCAGGUUCCCAAGGAGCUUUGGCAGCCCCUGGAGCACAGAGGGAGCGUGGGCAGCAGCAGAGCGGCGCCACAGGUACGAGUGGGCUCCCCAGACACCCCCAGGAGGAGAGCAGGGGUGAUGCUCCGCACUCAGCUCCCUGCACAGCACCCACACCCCCUGCCCGGGCCUCUCUCAGCUGCGUGGAAGCUCCCAGAGAGGCUGCAGCAGGGCACACGUGGCCCGUGGCCCUUGCCUCGUGGCUGUCCCUGCAGCCCGGGCAGUGCUGGCUCUCCCCUGCUUCGGUUGCAGGGCUCUGAUGGGCAGCAGAGCAGCGAGGAAAUGCUGGUGGAAACACCUGGGCUGGCUGCCCUGGAGAGGGACAGGGUGAGGGCAGCACAGGAGGCUGGAGCUGCUGGCCCUGAGCUCUGCACGCUGCGGGUCAGGUCCGAGAGCGGGGAGCAGACGUACGAGCUGAGGAUGCUGCUCACGGACACCAUCGGGGACCUGCGCCAGCUCCUCGCCCACGUCAGGGGUGGAAACUCGGACUACGAGAUCAUCAGCACCUUUCCCCAGAGGGUGUACACGGACAGCUCCAGGAGCCUGCAGGAAUGUGGGCUGGUCCCCAGGGCCUCCCUGCUGCUCCGCAGGACAGACCCCUCCCGGCAGCAGGGGAGGGGGCUGCGACCAGCCUAAGAGCUGCUCACGUCCAGCUCUGCACAGGCAGGGAGCUGCCUCUCACCUUACCCGACCUGCCCUGGCUGGGCACAGGGGAGAGGUUUUCUUUCCAGAUUCAGUUUCACUGUGCCACUGCCUGGGAUGGAGAGGAGCUGGGAGCAGCCCAGUCCUGCCGCCUCCCUCACAGUGGCUGAUGUCCCCAGGACAGCUGGGUCCCAGCACAGGGACACCUCCUCCAGCUCCCCUGGGCUCCGGGCCCGGCUCCUCAUCCCUGUGCAGCUCACACAGGCUGACCCCUGCCCAGGGCAGCCUGCCAGCCUCACCCAGCCCUGGCAGCUGCUCAGCUGUGCCCAGGGCCCGGAGCAGCAGGAUGGACACGCAGCUGGGGCAGUUUGCAUUCUGCACACGCUGCUCCCUACAGCUCUCACCUGCACUGACAGCAGGGCGCAAACAGGCUCAGCUGCACGGUCUGUGCUGCAGCUAAACCUUGAGCCCUUGCAGUGCUGGGGCUGAGCCAGGCUGGGCUCGGCUGGGAGAUCCUGCUGCUGGGUUUCCUGUACGUGCACAGCUCCUUCCCUUGGACAGCCCCCAGCUGCAGCGGGGCCCAGGCUCCAGCCUGCCUGGAGGUACCCGCCCUCCUCCUGCCCUGCUGGGAGCUGCAACAGGACACCGUGUCACCGGAGCCCGGCGUAAUCCCUCUCUGCCCAGCCCUGAACAAAGCAUCUUCCUCCCCGGCCCGUGGGCUGGGGCUGCACUUUUCCCUUUCCCUUUCCCCAGCACAUUCUUCCCAUUCCAGCUGUGACAAGCUCUCACUUGACUCCCAGCUGACAACACUCCCACUCAUGCGAGGCAGGGCCUUCUGGCAGGUUCCCUCUUCCCAGACCCAGCCCUCAUUAAAGGCUCCCAAUAAAACCCUUUAUUCCAGCUGCAAUUUCCACUUCCUUUAGCUUUCAAAGGCACAGUUUGUGUGGAGGCCCAGAGCCCUCUGACCAGAGCUGCACGACUCAAGCACAGGAAGCAAACCUGCUGCUUCCACAGCUCCCGUGAGCAGUGACUCAACCCACACAGCUCUCCCUCAGCUUCCUCCUUUUCCACCUGGAGCAGAUUCAGGAGCAGCUGUUUCCCCUGCCCCUCUGUCUCCUGGUCUAGGCAAUCUUAGUGCCAAAGGUUUGUUUUUCACUGGCUGAGGCUGUCCCUGCCCCGGGCUGCCCCUGUCACCACGCAGAGGAGAGGAAUGCUCUGGUACCUGUCCCUGCUGCCGUAGGACAUUCAGACACGUCCUGGGAGCCUUUGAUUAGCAGCAGUAAUCUAAGGUGUUAAGAUCUUUGUGUCAGGCUGCAGCAGCACGUACAACCCACUCAGCUGGAUGUGACUCACAGGCCUUGGGUAGGGUGAUGUUUAACCUGUAGCCAAAAUAAAAGCCAAUUUAAAAGAAACGCGAGAGUAGCGCCGUGAAAGGUACAGUAACAUUUAAUAGCAUCUCGGAAGACAACACUGGUUAUAAACUUGCUUUUUGGCAGGAAAACAAAAUGCACUUGGUCCAGGAUUGCAAAAAAGCCAACACGAAGAGGAAAGAUGGAACAGCUGGAGCAUCAGCUGCUCUGGGGCAGCCCAUUAAUGCUCACCAGGGAGCCUGCUGGGGUGGAGGGCAGCCAGAGCAGCACAGAUCCCACUUGCAGCCCCACCCAUUCCCCCAGGCAGCCUUCGCCCCCAGCUCCACCGUGGUGGGCACUCAGACCCAAAUUCUGUGCAGUAUUUUUGCAUUAAAUUAAGACAAACAAAAAAACAAACCCUUUACUUAGUUGCCAUAAUCUCUGCAGUUGAGAUGAAGAGGAGGGGAAAAAGACAAAAAAAAAAAA